CUCUGUACGGCCGGUGUGCGGGAGGUGCAGGAGGCGGGAUGCUGCUGACCGGAAAAGUGCACAUCUGCUCCGGUCAAACUGCGCUGCGUUGUAGACAGAGAUAAGUAGGAUGAGGUGUAAUCAGCUCGGGUAUCGCAGCGCAAACAUCAACAUGCAAGAGUCCGGACACAUCAACCGUGACCGCCUCCUGUCCUGACAGCCCCGCGGCGCGGUCUGCAACCGUGACGGAGACGUCCGCUGUCUGUCCGUGGUACCGACGGGGUCGCAGCCGUCCAUCCUGCAGGCUGGCUGGGUCGGUCCGGCUCCGGACUGUUUAAUCCAUCUUUAUGUGACAGUCUUGUUGGAGUACUGAUUGGCGUGCGAGACAAAAGGAGGCAGAUGCUGAUCCCCACUGUGAAUUUGUGAGAUCACCUUUGCGGUUCACCUUGGACAUCACAUUUAAUUAAAAAAGCGCAUGAAAGGUUGAUGGAGCGCACGCAGCAGAAGCAAAUCAGCACUGACCCUUGUGGUUCCAAAGUGCAACCUGGACCCUGUCCAUUGAUCGGAGUUGGCCCGGGUUUACCUCCAAAGCUCGCAGUCCAGGAGCCCCCUCUCAUCAGCCCACCGGAGGCGCUCAAGAAACAGUCUGGACUGAGCCCUGUGCAGCCUGCACCUGCACCUGUGAAAGUGACAGACCAGAAGCAGUCAGGGCAGACAAAGGCAGGGUCCAUACCAACAACUCUGGUGAGCAUAAGCCGGCCAAGACCGACUGCUCUCGGGACUAAACCUGCUCCAAAGACAACCAGACUUUUAGUGGACCCCUCCAAGGAAAUAGAUUUGAUCCCAGUUUGUAUCCCAGGACCUCAGAGUGCCAAUGUCCUGCCGCAUUCCCCAACAGAGUCCCCCCUCUGCCGUCACAGUCCUCAGAGUCCCCGCAGCCCUCAGUCUUACACCAGCCAGCCUUACCUGAGCCCCAGUCCCACCUUGCCCCAUCCCAACCCCAGCCUCAGCCCCAAAUCCAGCCUCAGUCCUCAGCCACAGAGGACCCCCUCACCUGGGAGCUCCACACAGAGCCAAGUGCAGCCCGAGAAGCCAGCAGGAGACAAUGAUGACUUCAGGGUCUACAUCGUCACGUGGAACGUGGGAUCAGCUGUCCCGCCAGAUGACAUCACUUCUCUGUUCGGACCAAAUGUUUCAGAUGGGAGCGUUGACAUGUUUAUCAUCGGACUCCAGGAAGUCAACUCCAUGAUAAACAAGCGGCUGAAGGAUGUUCUUUUCUCAGACCAGUGGAGUGAGCUCUGCAUGGACACGCUCAGUCCUUUUGGAUAUGUUUUGGUGGCGUCCCAGCGUAUGCAGGGAGUGCUGCUGCUGGUUUUCUCUAAGUUCUGCCAUCUUCCAUUCCUCAGAGGUGUGCAGACAGAGAGUACGCGCACAGGACUGGGGGGAUAUUGGGGGAAUAAAGGGGGUGUCAGCGCUAGGAUGACAGUGUUUGGCCACCCGGUGUGCUUUCUCAACUGUCACCUGCCAGCUCACAUGAGGAACCUGGAGCAGAGGAUGGAAGACUUUGAAAGCAUCCUGCAACAGCAGCAGUUUGAAGGAGGGACUGCCACUGGUGUGCUGGACCAUGAUGUCGUGUUUUGGUUUGGGGAUCUAAAUUUCCGCAUUGAGGACUACGACAUCCAUGUGGUGAAAUGUGCUAUAGACAGCAAUAAGCUGCCUCUUCUGUGGGAGCGAGAUCAGCUCAACAUGGCUAAAAACACAGAGUCCAUCCUGGAAGGCUUCAUCGAGGGACCACUCAAAUUCCCACCCACUUAUAAGUUUGACGUGGGCACUCAUACGUACGACACCAGUGCAAAAAAGAGGAAACCUGCCUGGACAGAUCGCAUCCUCUGGCGCCAUCGUCGCACCGGCUCCCCAGUUCCAACCCACAAUGCAGCACUGCAGCGGGGUCUGACCUCGUGGCUGGGUGGGGCAACUAAAGUGCAACAGCAUGUGUACCGAAGUCACAUGGGCUUCACCAUCAGCGACCACAAGCCUGUGUCUGCCGUGUUUUCACUGCAUUUCCCAUUCAGGGUGGAUAUGCCCCUGGUGGAGCUGCAGGUGAACAAGGAGUGGUGUAAAGUCUCAGAUGCUACAGUAAGAUUCACUGUUGCAUCGACUUAUCAGCGCAGCUCGUGGGACUGGGUAGCAAUAUACAAGGUUGGAUUCAGACAUCACAAAGAUUACCAGGCAUACAUAUGGGCCAAGGGAGAGCACGCAACACAGGUGACAUUUGCUGAGGAGGAUUUGCCGAGAGAUGACUGUGAUUACAUCCUGGGUUUCUACAGUAAUAACAUGAACAGCAUUGUCGGCUUGUCGACACCAAUUCAGAUCAAGAUUCCAGUCCACAGUCCCACCGCACAUCGCUCUGACGGCUCAGACAUCAGCUCAGAAGACGACAGCACUCUGGUUCUGCUGGCUCCAAACUCCCGCAGCCCGAGCCCUAAAACCGGCAAACACCACCAUCGCCACCGUCGCAGCCGCAGCCCCGCUGUCCCUGCUCUUACCUCCAACCCCCUCCCCUCCCUGCAGGGCCUCAGCCUCUGUCCUCGCUCCAAAGAAGGCCAGACUCGCAGCCGCUCUCCUUGCUCCAAGAAGGAGCGACUGGUCUCCCCCGACACUGUGACAUCCCCCGUCAUCAGCCCGCUCAGUCCUCGCAGCCCUGUGUCUCCAGGCAGCGGGGUGACUGCACCGGAGGCCCUGGUCGCUGCCAUCUUAGGUGAACACAGACCAGCUCAGGUUAGCCCCACAGGGCUCAAACAGAUAGGGAAGACAGGGGAAACAGACACUGCGUAGAAUAUAGACAUCAAUAGUUACAAGGAGGUGCAGUACAAGGAGAACGACGGCAAUAUCCAUGCAUUCAGCAUCUGAUCUGAUCCCACAACGUCACUGUGCUCGUAGAAGCAGCACAUGUGGUGACUCCUAAUGUAGUUUGCGAACAUUCCACAUUGUAGCCCUGCAGCUCUCUGUCUCAGACUCUACCAUCAUCUCAUACACUGUGUGUAUCUUGGAGUCAAAUGCGUACAGACUCUUGACAACAAGUCAAUCAAUUACAAAAUCAAGUGCUUUUAUAGACUCAUAAGCUAUAUCAUACAUAAACAUAUUGAAUGUGAAACCAAAGUUGGAGUAAACAUGUGACGGAUGUGACCAGUUAUUACUGACAGAAAUAUGGAUCCAACAGUCUGGUAUCAAAACAAGGACCCUGGACCAGAAGUAUUGAUGGUAUCAUAGUUCAUAAUAGAGAGAGUGAGCGUGUGAGUGUGUGUGUCUGUGUGUUUGUGUGUGUGUGUGGGGGGGGUUGUGUAGGCCUACGUGUUAAAACUUAAAUGUGUGAAACAUUUGGACCAGAUGACAACUUUUAACUCUAUAGUUCUUGGUCUGUAUUCAUGAAAUUAUUCAGCAGCAGAGGUAGAGCAUUUACAACAGCAGUCAGUCUGAACUGUACGUGUGAACAUGUGACUUUAAUCUUAGAUCAAUGUUACAUUUCUUAGCAGCUUUAUGAAUACAGCCCCUGUUCUAUAGAGGUCAGUGAACGUGUGUCAAGGCUAACGUGUUUGUUUUUGCUUCAAGGAAAACAGUGUUGUGUACCUGUGUGAGUGUGCAAAUAAAAGAACAAACAAA